CUUCUUCACCCAAUUCGCCAGAGCGCGCAGCAAACAACAAAACACAAACUGCCCAAAACCGCGUAUCAACUGCAGUUAAAAAUCGUUAUCAUUCGACUUUCGCCGAUUAACUCCACCAUGGGGCCCACAACAAGAUCAAACGGCAAACGCCCGCGUUCAGUGCAAAAAUACGAAGAUUUUAAGCAAACUCCAGUGGCCCAACCGUUUAGAGGUCCCCUCAAACGAGCUACAUGCCAAUCAGAGGGACCUCUAAACAUUAGGCGAAGACGACGGCACAGGGGAGACAUCGAUAAACCAGCGGCCAAAGCAACGCUGCAAAAUGUUUGUAAACAGCCUCGCGGCCGCCAGGUGGCGCUCUCGGUCGAGCAUUGCCAGGUCGAAAAAUCCACCGAAUGCUGCCCUGCAUUGUGAACGCCAUUUUUAUUGCACGAAAGAAAGCCAGAGUUUUCAAGCAAAAUCGCGAGUAAUUAACGUGUGAUAAUUGUGAAAAGCCAGCGCGAAUAUGCUUUAAUCGAGGAUCAAGUGUUUCGGGGUGCCAGCACAGCGAGCGGCGCUAAGAAUAAGCCGUUUUUGGAAAGUUGAAGGAGGUCCUUGAUAAUGGAGCAAUAUAUAGUGCCCCUAGAGGAGCCCGUCUACUCGGAUUUGCAGGUAGUGCAAGUGCCUCAAGAUGAGGUGGGGUCGUUGGUUCUGCAGGACGACCAGCAGUUGGUGUUCAACGACCAGCAGCAAGUUGUCUACCAAACGGCAGCUCCUGCUCAAUAUCAACAGCCCCAGCAGUCGGCUGCACCCACAUACCACAUCAUCGGAGGCGAUGAUCUCGCCCAGCAGCAGCAGCACCAACAGCAGCAGCAGCAGCAACAACAGCAGCAGCAGCAACAGCAAGUUGUAAUGCACCACCAGCAACAUCAAGUGCAGCAGGUUCACUACCAGCAACAGGACGCACAGCAGCAGCAACAACAGCAGCAGCAAUUGCAUCUGGAGCAACAGCAACAGCAGCAAUAUGUGCAGCACCAGCAGCAACAACCCGCCAUUCAGCACACGCAGCAGAUUUACUACACUUCUGAGCAAGUUUUGCAACCAAACGCCAUUGUUCAACAUAUGCAACAGCAAAAGAAACAGCAGCAAGUGAUGCAGCAGCAGCAGCAACAACAACAACAACAACAACAGCAGCAACAGCAGUAUCAGCAACAUGCCCCCGCCUAUCAAGUCCAAGCUGCUCCUCAAGGGCAAGCCCAAUUGCUGCAAAGCCCACAGCAGCAGCAUCAGCAAGCGCAGCAGCCACAAACGCUGCAGUUGCAGACAUCGCCGGCCCAGCAGCAACCGCAGCAGCACCAGCAGAUUGUCUAUCGCAUGACCACCACCCAGCAGCCACAAAGACCCAUAGGGAUGCUGAACAAUACGCACGUGAUUGUGCAGCAGCAACCUGUGUUAAUCCAGGCCCAACAGCAUCAGGAACUGAUUAUGCGCCAGACGGCCAUUCAUCCGUACAACAAUCGCGUCGUCUAUGCCACUUCUCCACAACAGCAGCAGCAACAACAGCACGUCAUCCAGCAGCACGUACAGCAGCAGCAAGUGCAGCAGCAACAAGUCCAGCAGCAACAGCAGAUGCAACUGCAGGCCACGGGCCAAACAGCCCACUUGGUUCAGGCUCGUGUUGUGCCCCAGCAAACCCAAAACGUUGUCUACCAGCAGUUGCAAGUGCAAAAAGUUCAGCAACAGCAACAGGCGCCACAACAGCAGCAGCAGCCGCAGUUGGUGGCUCAACAGCAACCGCAACUAGUGACCACCUCUGCGUCAGGAGGAACCCAACUUGUCAGAGCCGCGUUCAGGAAAUCUCCGCGCGGAGGAGCUGUUGUGAGCAGACCAGGAGCGCUAAUCACCACUAGGCCCACGCUUACGCCCACAAUAGUGCGGCAAGUUCGCCCGCGAGGAGGAGCUGUGGGCUCAGUGCCCGGUGGAUUGGUUAGGAACAUGCGUCCUGCCGGCUUGCGACCCACUCGAGCUCCAUUGAUGGUGCAGACCAGUGGCAGCGACGGUCAGACAAUGCAAAUUGUGACUCAGGCCCAGAUGAAACAGAUCACCAUCAGCACGAAUCUCGGCCAGCCGCAGCAGCAGCCACAACAACAGCAGUUGCAACAGCAGCAGCCGCGUCACAUCUAUCGCACCCACAUGGUUACCGACGGAAAUCCCCAAGCGCAGCAGCCUCACCAGCAUAUGCUGAUGGUGCGGCAUUCACCCAUUCGUUAUAGAGCUCCUGUAACGUUGACCUCAGCUGUUUCGGCACCAGUUCCGGCACCGGCUCCUGCAGCAAAUCCCGCAGCUGGAGUGGUGCAAUCAAGCAACAUAGGCAUGGAUUUGGAGGAGCGGAUUCAGGCGGCAGUGCUGAAGAAGGAGCAACAGAAGCCUGCACCACCGACGCAAGCGGUGGCCCCCAACCAAUUGCAGUCCAUGCAAAUAGGAACGGGCACCACCCUCACCACCUACUAUCCUGGAGGAGCUGCCUCGCAAGAAGAGGAGCAACAGCAACAGCAGCAGCAGGUGGUGCAGAGUCAGGCGCAGGGAACACGUCCGGCCAGUGGAGCCAGCAUGACACUGGCGGAGUACAAGAAGAGGCAGACCCUGUCGGCCUCGCCGGCUCCUGUUGCGGCACCAAAUCCCGGCCUGGCACCCAUGAGAGCCAACAAUCCUGGAACCAUGGUUCGGCCAACGGCCAAAAUUACGCCCACGCAACCACCUACUGGAGCUUUGGCCCCGGGCACCAGAAUUAUGCAGCCUCAAAGGGCGAUACCAGCCGCAGUGGUGGCUCCACUUCCAGCGCCACCAGCGGCUACCCAGGGAUCAUCCGUGAUGAAGACCUCGCACAACAACUACGAGAUCCACUCGCAACAUGUGCUGAAUAACCGAGCCGGUCAGGAAAUUGCAGACCGCGAUAAGAACAGUGCCAAGAUGCUGGUGAUCCUGGCCAGCGGCGAGCAGCGUUUGAUCACCUUUACUCUGCCACGCGAGUCCUGCACGGUGCAGGAUCUCCUCGAGCAGGUGGGCGUGCCAUUCGACCAUACAACCUCCAUCCAAUGUGUCGAGCAUCGCGGUGCCAAUGUGGACUUUGUGGUCACCGUGGGCUUUACGGUGCAGGAGUCAACCAGCGAACUGAUUUCACGGGCGGAGGAGAGUCUUCAGAUGAACCGUUCGCAGGAUAAUCAAGCACCGGUAGCAGGAGCAUCCGCCAAUUCUGGUCCUGCCACCUCCAGUGCUUCGCCUGCCUACGCCCAAGCAAAUGCCGCAGCGGAGCAGGCAAAACGCGAAGCGGCCAGUUCGGCAAGUGGUAACACAUCAGUAGGGGCGGUAUCGUCUGCCGGCUCCACUGCAUCUGCUCCCUCGGAGGGCAGGAAGCUGAUCGAUGGCUUCCUGGCCGUCUGCCAGCUGUGUGGCUUCACUGGAAUGGAUCACGCACGCUGCGAACGUUGCAAACGCGUCUUCCCGGAGCCGCCGAAACGUAAAUCCUACAUGCCCAAGCCCAGUGCUUCAUCAUCGCCAGCUUCUUCGUCGUCCAGCGAGCCCGUGUCCGCAGCUGUGUCGGCGGCGGAGAAGAAACGAGAGCUGGCAGCAGCACGAUUUAGCAAGCAAAUCGGAGUGACCUACGGAUCGGGAGUGGGAGUUGGAGGACGGGGCCGAGGAUCCCUGGCCAUGCGGGGAGGAAGGGCCAGAGGAGGCCGUCGAGUGGCCGAAGUGGAUCCCGUGGUGCUGCUGAGCAGCGAGGACGAAGCUGAUGAAGGCGAAAGCAACUCUGAGACUGGAUAUCAAUCGUCAAACAAUUCCAAACUGAACACCAAUGGCAGUCUGCAUGAUCUUCCCGCCGCCUUCGCCUGCGAGCCAAAUCUGCCAGAGAUCGAUGAGGAACUUUUCUAUAAAGACUUUUCCCGCGGUGAUGUUACGGAUUUGUCGGAUAUAGCGGAACCGGAAAAGUUCUCCACAUCCCUGAGCUGCAGCUGCGUGCGUUUGGUGCCCUACAAAUUCGAGAUUACGGAGCCGGUCUGUUUCACCUCCAAGGGCGUCCGGCUUGCGGGCAUCCUCAAGGACAAGGACGAGAAGUUCGUGCUGCACAUACAUAAGCAGGAGGUCAUCAAGGUGAUAGCCCACUUUGGAAACGUCGAACCCGCGCGACCACUGGUCACGCUAUAUCUUCUCAAGACCUGCGCGCAAUAUGUCAAGAACCAGCUCCAGCUGCCCGACGAUCAGCCCCAUGAACAAAUCGGCUUCAAGACGCACAGCUAUCACACUCGCCGCCUUAUUCUGCUGUUCGAUAGCGUCUCCUUGUCCGCCCGCGAACUCAUUAAGUCGAUGUUCAGCUGCGUGGACGAGAUUUCCUCCACCGAUGCGGCCGAGAUUCUCGAGAGGAUCGCUGACUCCGAUCGCAAGACGCAGGACAAGAGUUCGCAACCAGCGCCUCGCCAGCUGAGAGCAGAUGAGCAGGUCAGUCUGCUCAUGUAUCCGCCGAAGGGAACCGGAAGCCUGUGCAUCCGCAUGGAGGACUACGUGUGCCUCACCAAGGAGUCCUAUCUCAACGAUAUCAUCAUUGAUUUUUACCUGCUCUGGCUGAGAAACACGCUGAUUCCUGAGCCUCAACGCGAGAGGACGCACAUCUUCAGCACAUUUUUUUACAAGAGAUUAACUACGCUAACACGCCCAGCGGACAUGAAACAAACGGCCGCUCAGAAGCGUCACGCCAGGGUGCAAAAGUGGACCAAAGUGGUCGAUAUAUUUGAUAAGGAUUUUAUUAUAGUUCCCAUCAACGAGCAGUCACAUUGGUUCCUAGCCAUAAUAUGCUUCCCCAACCUAAAAGGUCCAGUCACUUUCGACACAAACCAGCCCGUGGAACCGCAGCAUCUGAAACGUGCCAGGGGCAAGAAGGUAUCGCUUCAGAUUGGCAACACAACCAUAACCCCGCUAACGAAACGUGGAGAGGGUGGACAACUGCCUGCAGCUCUGACCGCCGACAACGUUUGCCGGAUAGCAGACGAUGAGAGCGAAAGAGACGAGGCGGAGGGCGAUGACAGCGACAUGGCCUCGGAAGACAGCGAAAACUCAAACUCGGCCAAGGAGCCCGUGGCCACGCCAACCUCCACGACUGCUAGCACCCCCAGUCAAUCCAAUUCACAGCCCACUCCCAGCGGUCCAGCGAGAAACAUUGCUUCCGACGAGGUGCCAGCCGUUAAACAACCGUUGAUCCUCAUCUUCGACUCACUGGCGGGCGCUUCGCGAAGUCGCGUUGUGGCCACAUUGCGGGAUUACCUCACAUGCGAGUACCGGGUGAAGAAGCCGGAUGCGCAGGCGCACGUCUUCAACAAGGACAACAUGCCGGGCCACUGCGUCAAGGUGCCGCAGCAGAACAACUUCACCGAUUGCGGCCUGUACCUCCUGCAGUAUGUGGAGCAGUUCUUCAGCGAGCCGAUCAGAGACUAUAGGCUGCCCAUCAAGCAGCUGACCAAUUGGUUCGACUUUCUCACUGUGACCAAGAAGCGCGAGGACAUUGCCAAUCUCAUCCAGCAGCUGAUGGACGAUGGCAACCAGCAACAGAGGCAGAUCCUGCCGGUGAUUGAGUUCCCCACGCUGAACGGGCAGUUGGUGGAGUAUCCCGAAGAUACGGAGAGCGCCGAGUUUGAGGAGGAGGAGGGUCACGACGACGAGGAUCCCACGAGCGAAAUGCACGAUGAGAACAAUGCCGGCACGGACAUGGAUGUGGAUCCCGUGAACGAAGAGCCAGCGCAGGGAGCGAAAACCGUCUCGUUGGCCACCGUGACCACCACGACGACGGCCACGACUGGCAAACGGUUCGUGCUAAAGCGGCGCCUGCAUAACGGCUCCAUAUCGAGUCCCAGCAACGGAAACGGAGAGGCCAGCAGCAAUGGAGGCCCACUGAUGAUGCCCCAGCUGGUAAGCACGGCAGCCGGGUCGGCGGGUGUAUCGGCCGGAGUUGCGCAUAUCACGCCACGUGGACCAAGCGGAAGUCUGAAGAUCCGCAAGAUCGAGCCGUAGCCCCAAGAGAUACUCGCUAUGCGAGCCCGCGAUCCGGAUGCACAUAUGCCCCACCUGCCUGCGCUGCUCCAGCUGCCACAGCUGCGGCACCACCUGUAAAUACGCAUUACACAUUACACUGGUUAUUAAUUCUAUGUAUCUAAAACUUUACCCCUUAAACUAAAUGAAACUACAUUAAAUUAAAACUAAAUAAAGACUACAUUCGUAUGUAUGCAAUACAAGCA